AUGGCAUCUUUUCCAUAUACCUACGCCGCAGUAGCGUUUGCGUCACUCGCAUUUGCCGAGCAAAUUCCUAUAACUACUUCAACCGGAUUCCCAUGGAUCCAGAAAUUCGCAUCCAUAGGCGACUCCUACUCAGCAGGCCUGGGUUCUGGCGACCGACUUGACUGGUCCUGCUCUCGCUAUGCCUCCUCCUAUCCCAACAUCCUACACACCUCUCUUCUUGGAGAAAACGCAAAUCGCACGCAUCAAUUCCUCUCCUGCUCCGGCGCCACCAGCACCGAAAUCCUGUCCACCCAAGUCCCCGCCCUAUCCUCCAAUCUCGACCUCCUCACCAUCUCCGCUGGCGGCAACGACAUCGGCCUAACCCCCAUCCUCAGCAACUGCGUGUACCAAUUCUACAUGUCCGCCUCCGACGCAUGCCAAUCCGCCAUGGACGCAGCCCGCGCAAAGAUCGCCGCCGAAACUGAGUUGUACAAAAACGUCACCGACUUGAUUUCCGCCUCCAAGCCCAAGAUGAACCCCAACGGUGUCAUUUACUAUACUGGAUAUGCGACGUUCUUCGGCACCGACGACACCACAUGCGACAACGUCACCUGGGCCGUCUGGCGCAACGUCGAGUGGAGCAAGCAAUACCUCACACUCCAGAUGCGACGGGAUCUGAACGACAUGGUCCGCGCCGUCAACGCCAUUAUCCGCAAGGCCGUCGAUGCCGCCGGCCCAAAUGUGCGCUUCAUCGACUACGAUGCCGCCAUCGAAGCCGCGCGAGGCCGGUAUUGCGAAAAAGGCAUCCACGAGCCCGAUCCAAGUCGUGCCGCUCUAGCAUUUUACGAAUGGGAUACCGUGGACACGGGGGAGAAUCGCACGGCGUUGCAAAACCACACGGGCGAAGCGGUUCCAAAGGGAAGCUUCGAGGCGGGCAUUGGUAGUGCGGUUAACAAGACGUUGGGAGAACAUCCGGAUUGGGAAUUCGAUGGGGAGAAGGGGUUUGUGGAUAAGACGGGGCAUGAGCGCGUGGGGGAAGAGGGUGUUGUUGGCGAUACGCUGCAUUGGUUGAUUCCGGAUAGUUAUAAGAGGGUGUUUCAUUUGAGGCCUGGUGGGCAUGGGGUUGUUGCGAGGAUGGUGGUGGAGGAUUUGGAGAGGAGGGGGAGGGGAGGGGUGGUAGAUGAUGAGGUUCUAGACGAAGUCAUGGAGCUAUAA